UAAUCCUCAUACAUAAACCAAUAUAAUCAAUCUAUCAUUCUGGAACGUUCCAAUUUUGGAAAAUGAAAUCAAGCCCGGUCCAGAAUGAUAAUUUUUUAUUAUGAUAAUUGAACAGUUAAAAGUUGAUUCCAGAAUAGGCCACAGUUAUAAAUGUUUUUUAGGUUUGGAUUCAACAUCCAACUUACACCGUUCCUGUAUUUCCAGAAUGUAUAGUCUAUGUGUAUUUAUAAAUUUAUUUCAACAACAAUAGGAACGAAUGGUGGACAAGAGACUGACGAAAACCAAUCAAUCAAAAAAGGGGAAAUCUCUUUCUAGGAAAAAAGGACAAAAUGAAACCGAUGAUUUGAUGCAGGAAAGUAACCCUUCUCCCACUUCCCUGGAUGAUGGUAAUUUCUGUGGUUUUGUGUCCCUGGAUGGCGAGGAGGUUUUCGACGACAGCGUUUUCGACGACGACGACGAAAGAUAAAUUGGUGAUCGACGACCCAGUAUCGAAGGAGUCUGAUCGAAAUAGAAUAGCGAUUCUCGAAAAGGAACUUGAAGAAUUGAAAAGAGAAAAUGCCGCUCUUAAACAACAACUUAAAGAAAAUGAUCAUACUGAACACGAAAGGGACGAGGCUGAAUAUCCGGAAAGUGCCAACGAAGAGAGUGACACAGAUGAUGAAAAUGCAACUGAAGCUGAAAAAAGCGAUGAAGAUGAAGAAAGAGAUGAAGAUGGAGUAGUAGAAAAAGUUACUAAAUUGGAAGAACUGAAAAGAAGGAUUUCUAUUAUGAAAACCAACAAACAAGGGUACUAUUCAAACAAGGAUGCGUUUCCCAUAAAAAAAGGUCUGAUAAAGAGGAUGAAGGCGCAGUACCCUCAAGAUCCAGCGGGCUUUGCUCUCAAGUUGGUUGGAGAAUUGUAUUCUCGGGAGUUUUUGGAGCUCCAUAAAAAAACCAAUACGAAUGCGAAGGUUGGGUGCGAUUCGAAAAUCCCAAUUAGGGUAUAGGAGCUAUCCUGCAUUCGAAAUAAGUUAUUUAUUCUGUUGGAAAUAAAAUAUAAUAAUUAUGAGUGCUUUUUAGAUACCAUAACUGAGAUGUAUGGUGCUCUAGAUUCGAAGACGAAAUCAGCAGUCGAGAUGAAAAUCAGCCAAAAAUUCAACAUUAAAUCGAAGGACAGCGUUGCUUGGCUGAAAAAAUUCAACGAAUUGCAAAAAAAAAAUAGAUCAUGAAGUCGAUAAAACCAAUUGAUUUUUUAUUACGAAUUUUUUGUCG